UCGGCUCGCUGUAGGUUUCUGUAGUAACCCAGGAUUGGAAGUGGAGCGUGGAAAGGAAUGGAGGAGUAGGGGUGGCAGCAGGGUUUAGGCUUCUUCUGCCUCUCGGUGCUCAGCCGUUCUCGUUCUUGAGGGCGGGAUUCGGGGAGAGCCUGAAUGAUUGUUAGUUUGCUUCCAGAUUUCUUGCUGCAGAGAUGCCAGCAGAAGGGGAACCCAGCGGCCUUGUGAGGACCGUCCAGCUCUUCACCAUCUCCACAGCUUGGGGGAUGCAGAUAUGGGUGACCUUUAUUGCAGGAUUUGUGCUUAUUCGAGGUGUGAGCCGACACACCUUUGGCCUGGUACAAAGCAAACUGUUUCCCUUCUAUUUCUACACCCUGAUUGGCUGCACAGUUCUGAACCUUGUGAUCUUUGCAACAUACCACCCAUGGAAGCUACUCAAUAUCACAGAAACAAUUCAGAUCAUGCUCUUUUUCAUCUGCCUCAUCCUGGCUGUUGUUAAUGCCACCUGGUUCUCUCAGGCCACUACCAGCACCAUGUUCAAGAUGCAACAGAUUGAGAAGGAACAUGGCCUUGGGGAGCAAGUGGGGCUCUCAGCCCGGCGGGAGGAUUACAAGCGUCUGAAGGAGAAGGAUGCCAAGUAUCGGUGCCUGCGCCAGAAGUUCUUCAAGUACCAUGGCCUGUCCUCGCUCUGUAACCUGGCUUGUGUCAUCUGCACAGCUGUGAAUUUGGCCAUCUUAGCACUGCAGCUGGAAAGCCUGUAGAUUGCAGGGGCUGCACUGCCCUUCCGCUCCCAUCCUCUGUCCUUCCUGUUGCUGCAGUAUUACUUUUCUGAGGCACCAAAUUGUGAGCUUUCUCCUAAAGCACAGACUGCAACCUGCAUUCUGAGGGAUGCUGCUCAGCUGGGCAAAGGAGCAGUCUGGCAGUAGCCAGGAGGCUGUGAAACCUGCUCUUAAAACAGCCAGAGAUUUGUCGUCGUCCCCACCCCCCCCCCCCCACGCCCGUCUCCCCCCGAAGAUUGGAUUACCUGUAAGCCAGCAAGGGGAUGCUCUAAUGAGCCUUGGCCUGAAAUCUUCCUGAUCAUGUUCUGACAUGUUGAUUUGAACUCUUAUGCAAACAUAAUUUUGUUAUCUACUCCUACACUUUUGAUUUAGCAUGGGUAGCAACAACUUGUAAACACUACAAAAUUUGUGAGUAGCAAAAAUUUUAAAUUCUCCAAAAUUGUCGAGAUACUUUUAUGGGCAACUAAAAUGUUCCCCCCUACUUUCCCCAGCCACUUGGAGCCCCUGUAAGCUGGGGAUCUUCUGCUUUGUUUCUGGUAAAUGUCCAGGCUCCGCCUUUGGCUGACUUGAGGGCUUUCUGGAGAGCUAAAGCAGCUACCAAAAACACCUCCCUACAAGCCUUGUGUGUUUCUACUUGACACCUUCAAGAUGCUCUGAACUGUGCCUUCACUUGACUAUUUAGUGAUCAUGUCGGAAGAAAAGAUGGGUUGUAUCUAAAAACAUUUCAGGCCCCAAGCCAUCAGGGGUUAUAGACCUCCAUAGUUUUACUUUCUAUUAAAACCCACAUGUUGUGACCAGCUUGCUUUUUAACUACUGUAGGCAGAAUUUUAGUCCAGUUACAAAACUUCUUGUUGCUGGGUUUUUUUGUUUUUGUUUUUAGCACAAAGUUCCGCCAUUGCUAGCUGGUAACAGGCUCCUUUUUUUAAUGGGAUCUAACAGCCCAAUCAUUUUGAGUGUGUGCACUUCCUAGAAUUUCCAAAUAUCAUUGACCUUAUGAAGACUUUUAAACUGUAGGAUUUGUAAUUGAAAGCUGACAAAUGGAGAAGAACUCAACAACAAAAUAAGUCAGUAUCAUCCAGCCUGCAGCACUUUCCUUUCUAUGGCUUCUUUCCACCCUCCUAGGAGUCACCGAGACAGAUCACUUGUUCCCAUUUUGCAGAUGGGCAAAUUGCUCUUGGCAAGGACAUUCAGUGACUUGAUGGCAGAGGUGGGGUUUUAACUGUGAUUUCCCUAGAUCCAGGACCAAGUUGCAGUCUACUGGAACACACUCACUUCAGCUACUUUCCUACCUCCUGUGCCACCUGGGUGGGAAAACCAGAUCUGUAUAUAUAAACUCUCCUGUUUAAUGUAGGAACAGGUUUGAAGGGACAUAUUACAUUCUGUGGACACAGAGGCACAUUCUUCUUUCCUUUCUCUCCCAAAGAAUCAGCAAUAAAAAUGGUUCUGGAAAUGCUAA